UGUAAAACGUUUUGUUCUAUGYAGAUUUUAGUCUAUCUCUGUUUCGAUGGAACCAGUGAUUGGAUUUUUAGAGAAUGAAGAGUAUACAGAUGAUUAUGAUGAGUCUAAGCUGCCGUGCUCUGGAUUGGAAUACUUGAGAAGAGUUCAACAAGAAGCAACRGAAUGUCCUGAUGUCGUGGUUGCUGAUAUAAGGAAUAAAAAGCAUUCAAAACAAACAGUUGAUAUAAAGACCAACAAUCUUCCAGUUCCUCCUGGUGCCACACCAUCAUAUAAAUGGCAGAUGCAACAAACAGCUGAUUUUGCCGACAUUAGACAGAAAAUUGCUCGUUUUCAAGCAAAAAAUAAAAAGACGUCAAACCAAUGUGAUGUUACUCUGCCCAAUAAAAAUGAUGAACAGCAGUGGCGUUUGUUUUGCCUUGGUAGAUCUUAUGGAUGCGAAAGGAAUUCAACAGAAAUUGAUUCUUCAGAAUCUAACUCUACAAUAAUGGAUUCACAGGAUGGAGCUUUGCCACUGUCAAGCAUAUUAUUUAGAAUGAAUCAGGUGACAGUCCAACAAGUUCUKGAGUACCAUGUAAACUGGCUGGAACAGGAAACAUAUUCACACGUCCAGGGACGCUGGCUGUAUUCACUACUGGCUUGCCUGGAGAAACCUUUGUUGCCUGAGACUGUAUCCCUUCUACGGACUUUAGCDAGACACUGCGCACAGCAUCGAAUGAAGGAGGUAGAGAAAAAUUCUGAUGAUGAUGAACUAGUAGUUUCACUUAACCUGAUCAUCACCCUUGUUACAAGGUAUUUUGGGCAGACWGAUCUGGCUGAUCCUGGUUGAUGAUAAUUAUUGUCAUUUUCCAGAGUGCCACAGUGUUAAAUAGGCUUUUUGUUCAGAGCCAUGUAUGAAUUUUAAGCUAAACAUUCAUGACAAGACAACCACAAAAUAUCAUUAUAAGAUACUUUACUCAAAAUACCAAAUAAAUUAUUGUUAACAUUAA